AUGCGUCGACGUUCCAAGCAAAAGUCUUGCUUUGCAUGCGUUGCAUCGAAGCGAGGCUGCGACAAGGUGUUGCCUAUCUGCUCGCGCUGUGAGGAGAGGGAACUCACCUGCGAGUACCCCCCCGUACGCCAUCGGCGGAGACAACAACUGCCGAUAUCAAACAAAGCCGCCCUCACUGACGAUGACACUCAGACUGAGGAACAUGUCAUUACCACGCAUCAACCUGCUGACGAGCAUGGGGAUACAUUUCUUCAUACAAGUUGCCAUACCCCAACCAUACAACUCCAGAAUUCACAAAGCUGUUCAGCGUUUCCUGAUGCAAAUCUACUGCCGCAUGCUUCAUCCUUGCCAAUUUUUCCUUCACGACUUGCCCUAAGCACCGAUCUGUCUUCUACCAGCCGGCUUUUACCUCUAUCUGACAGGCUUGAAUGGUUUAUUGUUCCCCCGGCUUGGACAGUCGCUUAUCAUUAUGAACCUCCAUCCAGCUAUCCUCCUAGCGAAGUGCUAUCAAAUUUCACCCGGGGCAUACAGUCAUGGCUUAAACGUUUCCUCCACCAAGGUCAUAACCCUUUCAUCCAUCGCCACCUCUAUUCCAAUACGACCAUGCCACCAUGUAUACAAGAUGCAUUCUCGUCAAUAUCAAUUCAUCAAAAUGAAACUGCAAGCAACGAGCACAUCAUUGACGACAUAUUUGCAUCGCGUGUUAGUGACCUCGUCACGAAACAGCCAAUUGAAGGGUCAGAGGCGUUUUUACUCCUAUCAACGAGGGAUCACGUAGCACGCACACAAGCUUUGUUAAUUCACCUUCUAUUAGCUCUCUUCUCGUCAUCAAUCCCUCGCCGAGCUAAAGCUGAAUGCUUAAUAGCCACGCUGCACCAUUGGACAAAUCAAUUGUGGCAAUCAGCAAGCCAAGAUGCAGAUUUUCAUACUGUAGUUCAAUCUAUACCUCCGGUAAAUGGUGUCGCAUCCAUUUUAAUAGAUGAUCCAGUGCCAGAUUUGUACCAAAGUUUCGUGCUAUAUGAGUCCACCCGUCGCACUUGGAUAUUAAGUAACUUUGCCACUGGCGUUUAUCAAAGUCUCAGAGGUAUUUGGACUACCAGUUGUACUGGGGAUAUACGUAUAACUGCGCGAGCUGAGUUGUGGGAUGCGAAUUCACCGGCACGCUGGGCCGCUAUCGCAAAAUCCAAAGACCCUCUAUUUGUCUACAGUUUACACGGUCUAUCUUUACUCAAAGAUAGUGUUGCUGCAGAGGAAGUGGAUGAAUUCAUGAGGCAUCUUUAUACAAUUAUGUGGGGGAUUGACAAGGUUGAGGACUGGAUCGUACGAAGCGGAGAUACAGUUUCGACGAAAUAUUAG